AUGGGCACCUCCGGGCUUAACGACAACGCUUCUACCUCGAGCUCCAGCUCUGCCAACACUCCUAUGGGUCAGCAGACCUAUCAGACUACAGAAAUCAGCAACACGCAGACAGAGCUGGACCCUCCGGAAACCAAAUCAGCCAAACCUCUCCAAUCGGAAUCCCGCGAAGCCAACUCUGUAAACCCUUCCACUCCCGUUGGGUCCGCGAAAGGGGUUCUAGUCCUUGAUCUGAAAGGCAUUCCAAUCCGCCGUGGUGGUCCCCACCCAUCCCUCCAAAGGACAGCUUCAGGCCAGCUCUUCCAGGAGAAUAGGUCUGAUCUAACUCGAGAAUGGAGCUCUAGCUCGUUGGAUAAUCUAGACUUAGAAGCGCCGUUCAAUUACAAUAUCGAUGAUCGAGUCGUACAUCCACCUAUGUCUGACGAGGAAUUUGAGGCGCUUCCGGAGUGGGAUGACAGUAAGAAUGAUGGCGAGGCGGAUAAUGAGGGCGGAGGAAUGCCAUUGAACGGUGUAGAACGGGCACCAAUAGACGGCGGUGCAGAACGAUAG